GAACACAAAACACUCAACACAACACUCGCCAAUACAGCACAAAACUCUUCUAUCUUUACGAGGGUAAACUGAAUUCUUUCUAUACGUAUCUAAUAUAUCCGGACCACUGAAGAUGCCUCCGAAACGCAGAGCCGAAGAGGAAGCUGUGGCUACACCCAGUAGACGUAGCGGAAGGGUACGUAAUCAGUCGAACCAAACUCCUGCUGCUGAGCCCCAGGCCAAACGGGAGAGGAAAACACUCGCUACUGCACCCAAACCAAAAGCAUCGAAAAUCAAAGCACAACCAAAGAAGACACAGGCAAAGAUAGAUCCACCUGCAAGCGUGGAUGAUACCCUUGACAACGACGUUGUCAAGAGCAUUGAUAGCACUACACUCGACGGACCGGCUGCUGCUGAUGCCAAGGAUUCUGGUACCAAAACGGCUGAAACUAAGCCUGCGGGGUCGAGUCUAUGGGCCGACUGGGGGAAGAAGACUGAUACAUGGACGUGCAAUGCGUGUGGUGUGAUGAAUGACAACAAGAUUGAGGAAUGCCCAGCGUGUACGACAAGUCGCCACGCCAAAGCACAACCAGCUGCAAAACCAUCCGUAGUUCCAGAGCCAAAGGUGGCGCCGCCAGCAAUCGAUAGCACAGCCCCUGUGGCCUCGUUGUGGGCUAAUUGGGGCAAGAAGGAGGGUGCCUGGACAUGUCCAGCAUGCGCUGUCAAUAACAUAGAUAAGAGCAAGGACAAAUGCCCGGCCUGUGAGACCCAGAAUCCAGCAGCUACAUUCUCGACCACCGCCGCAACCAAGGUUCAAACACCCGCUACAUUCUCCUUUGGUGUCGCACCGGCUAGUAUCGCUGCGCCUGUCUCGUUUGGUGUCCCGUCAUCUGCCAGCACUGGCUCCACUGCCACGCCUGUAACCUUUGGUAUACCUUCGUCUACAACUACUAGCAAGGCUGCUGCGCCUAUAUCCUUUGGGGUGCCCCCGUCUACUAGCACUAGCACUGAGGAUCCGAAAUCUACGACAAAGGACGGGGGUGGCGAUAAGCCCAAAAUCUCAUUCGGCAGAGCACCCUAACCUAAAUAAAGACUAGUUUUAAUUUU